AUGGUUUAUUCUGUCUGGUAAACAUCUUCUUUUAUCAGGUAUCUGAAGAAAUAGCCUCAAGAUGAACUUCUUCCUGGAAACAUUCAAAGUCAUCGGACUUACUAUUUAUUACUUGCUGGAGUCGCUAGUGUUCUUCGUUGUGCCUAGACGGAAGAAGAAUGUUAGUGGUGAAAUAGUAUUAAUAACAGGAGCGGCAAGUGGCAUUGGAAGGCUCUUGUCUUUAAAGUUUGCCAGCCUUGGAGCCACGGUGGUUCUCUGGGACAUUAAUCAAGAGGGGCUCAAGGAGACAAGUAGACUGGCCAGAGAAAAUGGAGCAGUGAGAGUACACUGUUACAUCUGUGACUGUAGCAAAAGGCAGGACAUCUACAGGGUCGCUGAUGAGGUUAAAAAAGAAGUUGGCGAUGUUAGCAUCCUAGUCAACAACGCUGGUAUUGUAACUGGGAAGAGGUUUAUUGAUUCUCCAGAGGCGCUUGUGGAAAAAAACAUGGAAGUGAACAUAAUGGCACACUUCUGGACUUACAAAGCCUUCCUCCCAGCAAUGAUGGCCUCUAACCACGGACACUUGGUUAGUAUUGCAAGCUCAGCGGGACUGACUGGAGUUAAUGGUCUUUCAGAUUACUGUGCAAGUAAAUUUGCAGCAGUUGGUUUUGCAGAGUCAGUUGACUAUGAGAUGAGAAGUCUGGGAAAGACUGGUGUUAAAACCACAAUUGUGUGUCCUUACAUCAUAAACACAGGAAUGUUUGAUGGCUGUAGAAGCAAGUGGCCAAAUCUGAUUCCCACUCUGGAGCCAGAGUAUGUGGCUGAGAAGAUAAUCACUGCUAUUCGGCAGGACCAAGAAAUAUUGCUGCUACCACGCAGUCUUUAUGUUUUACUCUCUUUAAAAAGUACCGUACCAGUGAAAAUAUCUGCUCUCCUUUCGGACUAUUUUGGGACCCUCCAUAUCAUGGAUAGCUUCAAAGGUCGAGCGAAGAAGGACUGAAAAAGCGCAAAAUUCAGAGACCAGCAACUCUGAAGUGGACCUUGUUAAAGGUGGUGGUGGGAAAGGUCUGCUUUUCUAGCAGCUGUGAACUUAAGGUGCCUCACUUCUCAUUAGUAACAAUUUUUAAGGAAAUAGCUUUUUAAUUGGCUCUUAAUCAACAGCUUUCACUUGAACUAUUUUUUUAAUCCAGUGAACUGUUUUCUUUUCACCGCAUUAUGGAAAUACAUUAAUUGAAAUUAGUUCCUUUGGUUAUGUCUGUUAUAAUGCCUUAAAUAUGAUUCUGCAUCACAAACUAAUAACUGGCAACUUUUGGGGGGGAAGGGACCAAGAAAACACAUGUAUUUGGCAGGGAGCCAGGAAAGCCUCUAGUGAACCUGACUUUUCGCUGCCAUUCACUGAACCAUGAGGUGGGCUGUACUGCUGGUGCCGUUACCAUUCCCUGGUAAGCUGAGGAAUUCAAGAGCUUCCUGAAACAACAGAUUUGAAUUUGUACAAAUGGAAGUUUUGUGAAAUGAAAAUAUGUGCUGUCUUGGUACAAAACCAAUGAAAUAAAUUUUUGGAGGUGGUGAUCUCGGGACUCACAGAUGACUAUGGAUGUUGGGGCAGGGAGGGGGAAGCAUGUAAAUUAUGUAUUUGUGCUGCUAAUCUACUUUUUGUCUAAUUCAUUUUAAAAGCUAAUACUAUGCCUGCAACUUUGUAAUAGAAGUCUUUGUAUCUUCAAAGUGCAGUAUUUUAAGAAAAAUUUUAAAUUUUCAUCUCCUAAGCAGAAUAAACUUGUAGUUAUAAAGCAUAA